GUCCUUAGGUUUGCUGGCUUUUGGGGGGGUGACCCUGAUUGCUACUCAUUCCAACCGAUUGCCAUAAACUAAAGAAAGAAGAUGCUACAGUAAUUGUAGCAGCAGUAACUUUAAGCUGGUGUCCAACGCAAUGGGACAAGAUCGGGAAGCAACAAUUUAAGUAAUUUGGAUUAUACAAUUUCGUCUGUCGGGGUUGUUUACACAGCUUUCAUGUUUGUCCCAAUUCCCAUUGGCUUCUUCUUCAAGAAAAGGGGAUUGAAGUUCAAGAAAUAUGGGGCAGCUGCCGUGGGCCUUGGACUUACACUGGCUGCUUGUGGCAUCCAUACCAUUCAUUCCUUUGUCACCAUCAUGGGGACAUGGAUUAUCAUCAAAGUCUCACCAAAGUAUUCCAGGCCUCUGACAUUAGGAUGGACGUUUUCGUACCUGCUCUUUUUCCACAAAUCUACCUCCUUCAAGUUUCCCCAAACAACACAUUUGACCAAAUCUGUGCAACUUUUGCUCACCCUCAAGAUGGUGAGCAUAGCCAAUGAAGUGCAAGAAUUCAUUCAGGUGAAGGAACAGAAAGUGACAUCAGGUACAAAGUCUCCAGUGAUUGGUGUGAUUUCUGAAAUACCUGGAUUGCCAGAGAUAAUGUGCUACAGUUACUGCUAUGUGGGACUUAUGACAGGCUUGUUUUAUCGCUAUCGCACAUAUCACGAUUGGUUGAAUCAGCCCAACCCUUCUGAAGUUCCUACAUGGAAGCCACUGCUUUACAGAUUGGCCAUGAUACCUGUCUUUGCAACGUCAUUUUUGGCUGUCUCUUACAUCUGGCCCCCUGAAUAUGUGGAAGAUGCUGCCUUCUACGAAAAAGGGGUCUGUUUCCGGCUUUUCUACACGAUACCAGUUUCCCUUGUCUUCCGCCUGCGAAACUACGUGACCUGGUAUGGCGCUGAGAGUGCCUGCAUCACUGCUGGCCUUGGAGCAUAUCCAACUUGUGCCAAGUCACAACCAGGCAAAGGACCGACUGUGGAAUAUGAAUCACUAAUCCAGAAAUUAGCUGAUGGGGAAGCAUCCAGUGUUGCCUAUGAUUAUGAGACAAUCAGAAACAUUGAUCCAUAUGGCACAGAAUUUUGUAUUAAGGUGAAGGACGGCAUUCGCUGUUGGAACAUGACUGUCCAAUGGUGGUUAUACCAAUAUACCUACAAAAAUGUGUCUUUCCUUCCCCAAGUCAUAAGGUAUGCCUGGACAAUGGCUAUCUCGGCCUACUGGCAUGGACUCCGCCCCGGCUAUCAUCUCAGUUUCCAUACCAUUCCAUUAUGCCUAAUGGCUGAGGAGGCCAUGGAGGAUGGGUUAUUGAGGCAUCUCUCCCCCUCUGGCCGUGCCUGUGUUGACUGGACACACUGGUUCCUGAAGAUGAGGGCUUAUGAUUAUGUGUGUGUGGGUUUUCUCUUGCGUAGCUUUGAGGGUACUACUCGCUAUUGGAGCUCAGUGUAUUAUUGUGUUCAUGUGGGGGCUGGGAGUUUCUGGGUGGUUGGGAGAACAAUGGGAGCCCUCCUCAAAGGGCAAAGAUGACCAGAAGUGGGAAUGAGAAGACAGUAUUCUUUUGUCUUAAAUAAUCAGUGGGGAAAGCUAAUCUAUUGCUUAGAUUAGCAAUAACUAAGAGGAGGUAUUCUGUAUAGGUUCAAAUGGCCUCAAUAUUUACAUAUUGCUAUAUUUACAUCGUUAUGAAGGAGGAUGGGGUAUUCCAAAUUUCAGAUUGUACCUUAAAGUAUUUCAGUUUAAGCUCAUGGUGCCUUUAAUAAUGGAAGGUCAAAAUAAAUGGAGAGUCAGAUUAGAAAAUACAACAUUAAGAUGAAGGUAGUCCUUGACUUACAGCCAUUCAUUUAAUUACCAUUUGAAAUUCUGUCAACUGAAAAAAAAUGAUUUUCAGCCUGUUUGUGCACUUAUGUGGUUUUCCCACAGUCACAUGAUCAAAUCUUGGGGGAAGCGGGAUUCAUUCAAUGACCACAUGAUGGCCACAUGACAACCAUGGCAAAAAAGCUCAUAAAAUCAUGCGCGACUCACUUAAUGUCCAUCUUGUUUAGCAAAUGUUAUUCCGGUCUUAAUCUGAGCAAUAGCAUAUACCGCUUCACAGGGCUUUACAGCCCUAUCUAAGCGGUUUACAGUCAGCAUAUUGUCCCCAUCAAUCUGGCUCCCCAUUUUACCGACCUCGGGAGGAUGGAAGGCUGAGUCAACUUUGUAAUUGUAAGUCAAGGGCUGCCUAUAAUGGUAAAGCUUUAUGUAAAACAUUAUUUUUUUAGCAAAGGUGCUCCCCACUUGUUACAGAUUUACUAUAUAGGUUUUAUAUAGAGAUUUAUUCAAUAUAGCUUUAAAACAUAAAAAUUAUCCAUGGCUCUUUGAAGGCCAGAUAUUCUCCUAGCUUCAUUGUAUAAUUUGGGGGUCCUAAUAAGACUUUUGACUCCUUGUUGAAGAACAUGGGCUGGAUGCAGAGGUGGGCUUCAAAAAUUUUAGUAAGGGCUUCUCUGCCUGGUUGCUGGGUGGGUGUGGCCACAGUGGGUGUGGCCUAGUCAGCCUCCUGCACCACAGCACGGGGCAUUUUUGCCUUCCCUGGGCUCCGGAUGCUUUCGUCAAGUCUCCGAGAGGGCGAAAACAGCCUCCUCAGGCUCCGGAGGCCCUCUGGAGGCUGAAAAUGGGCUCGUUUCCUGCCUUCCCGGAAAUGGGCUCGUUUCCUGCCUUCCCGGACUUCCGUUUUUCACCCUCCCCGAGUCUCCGCUGUUGAUUUUACACUGUUUUAGAGUCAUCAUAGUGUUGAGUGAGUUUAUAAAGUUUAUAUUAGGAACUGCAUUAAAUUGGUUAUAAUGAAUGUGGUUGAGGUUUCCAUGAAAAAUGAGGGAUUUUUAAUUCACUUUGAAUGGACAAUUUAUAGAAUUUGAAUCUAUGCGUAAAACUUGAUACAAAAGGAUAUUCUCCAAGACAAGAAAAUUACAGACCUUUAUCGCAAUCAUUCAUUGGAGAAAUUUUUUGUUUUAAAAAACGUGGAAAUUAGAUGUUUAAAACA